AUGCAAGAGGGACACUACACCUCCCUCAGCGUCUUCUCCUCCUUCUACACCUCCCUCGGCAUCUUCUCCUCCUUCUACACCUCCCUCGGCAUCUUCUCCUCCUUCUACACCUCCCUCGGCAUCUUCUCCUCCUUUUACACCUCCCUCAGCAUCUUCUCCUUCUACACCUCCCUCAGCAUCUUCUCCUCCUUCUACACCUCCCUCAGCAUCUUCUCCUCCUUCUACACCACCCUCGGCAUCUUCUCCUCCUUCUACACCUCCCUCGGCGUCUUCUCCUCCUUCUACACCUCCCUCAGCUUCUUCUCCUCCUUCUACACCUCCCUCAGCAUCUUCUACUCCUUCUACAUCUCCCUCAGCAUCUUCUCCUUCUACACCUCCCUCAGCUUCUUCUCCUCCUUCUACACCUCCCUCAGCUUCUUCUCCUCCUUCUACACCUCCCUCAGCAUCUUCUCCUCCUUCUACACCUCCCUCAGCAUCUUCUCCUCCUUCUACACCUCCCUCGGCAUCUUCUCCUCCUUCUACACCUCCCUCAGCAUCUUCUCCUCCUUCUACACCUCCCUCAGCAUCUUCUCCUCCUUCUACAUCUUUUCAGUGACGUAA